AUGAGGAAAUUCGCCGCCCUCGCUGCCUUUGCUGCCGGCUCCAAUGCCCUCGUCGGCCGCACUGAUAGCUGCUGCUUCCACCUAAGUUCGUCCGGUGGUGCCUCCGGUAAACUCGGCCAGCUAGGUGAUGGCCAGAACCGCAUUGGCGACGAUAGUCUGCAACCCGCGCAGUACUGCAUCGACUCCAAUGGCGCUAUCACCGACUCUAAUGGCCGUGGAUGUAUCCUUACCCCUCCGACGACUCAGCUACAGUGUGACGAGGGUGUGCCUCCUACACCCGGUUUCUCUGUCAACUCACAGGGUCAACUCCAGUACCAAAGCAGCCCGGACUUUGUUGCCUGUGCUACCGGCCAAAAUGGUGGCCUGAAUAUCUACACUACCCCUAAUAAGAUGGAUGUCACUGGCUGCGUGAAUGUGCAGUUGUCUGCCGACGCUUGCUCGAGCUCGGGCGCUGGUGGAGGUGGCGGCGCACCUGCCCCAGCUCCUCAACCUAGCCCUGCUGGCCCUGGUCCUGGUCCCGCUGGCCCUGGCGGCGGCGGUGGUGGACCUGGCCCUGGCCCCGGAGGACCUGGUGCUGGAGGUGGAGGUGGCGGACCUGGACCCGGACCCGCUGGCCCUGGCGGCGGCGGUGGUGGACCUGGACCUGGUGCUGGAGGUGGAGGUGGUGGCCCUGGGCCUGGUCCCGCUCCCGCUCCAUCUUGCCCUCCCGCCCCCAGCGCCCCUCAGACUGUUACCGUUACUGUCACUGACUGCAGCUGUCCUACCUCCGGUGCCCCUGGUGGUGGUGGUGGUGGUGUUGUGCCGCAGCCCUCAGCUAGUAUGCCUGGCCCAUCUGGCGGCGCUGGUAUCAAGCCUUCUGGUACACAACCUGCUCCAGAAGGUGGCGGUGGUGGUGCUUCACAACCUGGUCCUUCACCUAGCGCGCCUGGUCCUGGAGGCGGCGGUGCUUCCCAGCCCGGUCCUUCACCCAGCGCGCCUGCUCCAGGCGGCGGCGGUGCUACGCAGCCUGGUGCCUCACCUAGCACAUCUGCCCCAUCUGGCGCUGUUACCAAGCCUUCAGUCACACAACCUACUCCCGGAGGCGGCGGUGCUUCGCAGCCAGGUACCUCUCAUAGUGUUUCUGCUACCGGCGGCGGCGGUACUUCGCAGCUAGGUACCUCUCAUAGUGUGCCGGCUACCUCCGGCGGUGGAGGAGGAGGUGGUAUCUCUGUCAGUGUGCCUCCCAUCUCUAUCAGUGCCUCCCACCCCACCGGCUCUGCCAGCGCAUCCGUCCCUGCUACCUCCUCUUCUGCCCAGCCCUCAAAGACUGGAACCACUGGCGGUGCUUGUCCCACUGAUCUCUCGGGUCCCUAUGAGAUCCCUCACCUUAUUGUCAAUGUCGAUUCCUCUUCGCCCGGCACUACCGCAGGAACUGGGUUUAACGGUACUGUGAGCUCGACGAUGUCAACCGUGUUCAACUUCGAUAUCCCGUCCUCCGACGCUGGCAAGACCUGCAGCCUCAUCUUCCUCUUCCCUAGGCUCGAGGAUCUCGAGACCUCGUCUUACAGCUUCAGUGGUGAUGGAAAGAUUGACUUCGCUAAGCUCUCGUCUGUUGCUGAUUCCUCGACAAACUUCGGUAACAUGCCUUCGGUGUCCCAGGACCUCGGCACCAUCACCGUCUCCCCUGGCAACUCAUACCUUGUUUCUACCUUCUCUUGUCCGGCUGGACAGGCUGUCGCCUAUGUGAUGAAGAACGCUGGCAGCACCGACUUCAACUUCUUCGAGGACUGGAACCCCUCUCCUCUCGGUCUGUACAUCACCACUUGCUAA